AUGUUUGAUUCUCUUCAUGAAACUCCGCAAGAUACUCAUAUUUGGAAACAACCACCGCGUGAUGCUAUUUCAAGAAUAGAUAGAAAACGAUUACAAAGAAAGAAUGCUGUGAAGCAAAGAUUUUUGACAAAAUUAAGAACAAAAUUUGAGGAUGCAGAUCUUGAUAAAGUGGGUAGCAUCACUCUACAACAAUGGAAAAGAUCAGGUAUUCAAUCUGUUAUUCAAGAUGGCCAUAUUUCUGCUGAAGAUUUCGAACUUUUAUUCAAAAAAAUUGAUGCAAAUAAAGAAGGACGUAUCACAUGGAAUCGACUUGUUCAAUAUCUCGUAAAAGAUGCGUCAAUUGUACAAGGAUCUACAACUAACGAAGCAGCGCACUUUAUUGAUAAAAUUAAAACUCCACAGCCAGGUAGAACGCAUGUGCAUCGUGAUAUGAUAUCGACAAUACUUAUUAGUUCCAGGACAAAUAAAUAUAUAACAAUUAGUACAGAUUCCGUAAGAUUAUGGAAAAUAAAUGAUUUAACAUUUACAAGAAUGAUAAACGAAGGCGUAAAAUACAUUACAGGCACCAUUUUCGAUACUUACCAAGUUCUCGCUCUAGCAACAAGUCAAAGACGUCUCAUUUUUUAUGAUUUACAAACAUUUACGAAAUUACCAAUCACAAUUGACGCAAGUCCAUCAGGAAAUGCGAUUAAAUUGAUGACAAUAGAAGAAGCAAAUGCUGCUUUAAACAAUAUCGAUAACGCUUUACCUCCAUUAUACAAUAUGCCAACAACUAUACAUGUUUCCGACAUCGAAUUAGUUACAGACUGCGCCACUUUCUUUGUUGGUGAUGACAGAGGUAUAAUUGAAGUGUUUAAUCUAUCAGCGCCAAAGAGAAGAUCAGGAACAGAUUUUAAAUGCACAAAAAUGGCAAAAUUAUCAUUCCAUAAUGACAGUAUCACACAGAUAGCUACAAUAAAGCACAGAUCCUGCUUUGCUUCAUCGAGUAUUGAUGGUUCCCUCCAUCUUUGGAGCUACGACAAUUUUAAUAACAGUUUUAACAUCAUACAGUCACUUAUUUCAGAAGAACCAAUGAUGAGAUUUGUUUAUAGCGAGCGCCAGAGAAUGAUCGCUACAAUAGGAGUCUCAAGAGAUGCUUACAUUUGGAGUGCCGAAUCAUCAAGAAAAAUUUUCAAGCUUGGAGGCCAUUACAAUGUACUUGCGCAUUUGAUUGAAUAUAAUACGACAUCUGGGGAUAACUAUAUCCUUACAAUUACGAACAAAAAAGAAUUUAAAUUAUGGGAUGCCCAAAACUAUCGAUUAGUAAGGGCUUUCCAGGACCAAUCUUUCUUGUCACCUGAGAACAGAUAUAGUGCUGUCAUUUUCGAUGAUAGAAGAAAAGUUUUAUUAGUUGCAGCAAAUUCUCUCAACAUGUGGGGCGAAGAGGUCUCUUAUUCCAUCGAAAACGAGAGUAUUGCAACCCAUAAUCGCCAGAUUAUUGGCUGUUUCUAUUCUCCUGAGUUCAGAGACAUAGUUACUGUAGAUACAGCUUGUUGUAUCAAAGUUCAUUCAGCGGAAAAAGGAAAACUGAAUGCUAUACAGAUAACUAAUCACAAAGAAAGCAGCGAUAUCUCAGCCGCUUGUUUGGAUUUAUCUGGUCGGAGAUUAUUUACCUCAUCUUACGAAAAUACGUUAAGUUUAUGGAACUAUAACUCAGGUGGAUUACUCGAAGAGAUGAAACUCGAUGGAAAUUUGCUAAUUUCGACAAUGAUCACCGGAGUUGUCGAUGGAAAGGACAUUUUGGCAAGAGCAGGAUGGGACAGAGAAGUUUUCAUGUAUAUAGAAGUCGAAAAAGGUAAAUUUGAACUCACAAGAAGGUUCAAAGGUCAUAAUGAUGAUAUUUCAUGUUUGGCCAUCUUCAAAAACGGUAUUGUUAGUGGUACAUUCUCAGGAGAACUUGUUUGCUUCCAUGCGGUUCUCAAUAAAGUCAUGGCCAAAAAAGAUCUCGAUAGCGGAAUUGAGACAAUUUGUUUGGUCGAAGACCAAUUUGUUUUUGUUGGUGACAGUGACGGUUAUUUGUCAAUUUUUACGAUACCAAAUUUGACACAAGUUGAUAGUUUCUUCUGCCAAGACUUAACAGUCAGUGUUUCUUUGACUGCGAUCACUUACGACAGCAAGACAAAGUUCCUUUACACAGCUGAUGAAUUGGGAUAUUUCAAGAAAUGGUCAGUGAUUAUUGAAGGUGAAGACAAAGUCAGAUUAGAAAAAGAAGGUUUCUAUAGAUUGCACAGAGAUGAAAUCAGUUCAAUCACUGUCAUUGAAAACAACUUUGUCGUUACAUGUGGAAUUGAUAAUUGCGCAAGAUUGUGGUCACCUGAUUUCGAAUUUGUCGGAACUUUUGUUGAUGAUUCUCAUUGGGACAUCAACGAUAAAAGUACAUGGAUUAUACAAAAACCAUUCGAAAUCGAAGCGAAGCAUAUAAAGAGAAUUAAACCAAACAUGUCAAUGAGAUUCCAACCAUUUAAUCUUGUUGAUCCAAACCAGCAAAAAAUGAUGAUGGUUGAAAACAACGAAACACAAGAAGAAGAACAAAACAAUGAUACAAAUAAACAAGAAAAAACAAAAACAGAAAAUGAAGAAGAGAAACAAUUGGACGCAUUCGAAGCUCUUAAACAAAUGGAAGAGUUCAUAAACAUGGAAAGAUAUCAUCCAAAGGCUCGUUUGAACCAAGAUGUGGAGAAUCCACCGCCACCGCCGCCAAAGAAACUUCCAGAACUUGCACCUCUGUCAAGAGAAAGAGAGUUAACAAGCCAGAUCAAGCAGUUGCAGCAGGGAAUGUCUGCUACAAUUUCUUAUACAAAGAAAGAGAAAAAGAUAACAAUUCCGAUGAUUCCAAGCGAAACAAGUUUGAAGAGAUCUGUGAAGAUGCCAAUUCCUAUGUCAAUAUCACCUCUCAAAAGAAAAAUACCAAGACAAACUGCAUCUGCACCUCCUUUAUUCUAA